AUGACGACGGUCCAAAAAAUCAAAGAGAUUGAAGAUGAGAUGGCUCGGACCCAAAAGAACAAGGCUACGGCCUACCAUUUGGGUCAACUUCGUGCCAAGCUUGCCAAGCUGAAGCGUGAGCUUAUUGCGCCUAGCGGUGGCGGUGGCGGCGGUGGCGGCAUCGGCUUCGAUGUUGCUCGUACUGGUAUUGCAAGUGUAGGUUUUGUCGGCUUCCCAUCUGUCGGCAAGUCCACCCUUAUGUCCGGUCUUACAGGCACGACCUCGGAGGCGGCCGCCUACGAGUUCACAACCCUUACCACUGUACCUGGCACAAUGACGGUGCGUGGCGCGAAGAUCCAGAUUCUUGAUUUGCCCGGUAUUAUCGAGGGUGCUAAGGAUGGCAAGGGUCGUGGUCGUCAGGUCAUUGCUGUGGCUCGCACGUGCAACCUGAUUUUCAUCGUGUUGGACGUCGGUAAGCCGCUCCAUGACAAGCGUAUCCUCGAAGCAGAACUGGAAGGCUUUGGUAUUCGACUGAAUAAGAAACCGCCGAAUGUCAUUGUCAAGAAGAAGGACAAGGGUGGUCUUGCGAUUACCAACACAGUGCCACUGACCAAGCUUGACCAUGACGAAAUCAAGGCUGUCAUGUCAGAGUACCGCAUCUCCAAUGCCGACAUUGCGUUCCGUGAGGAUGUCACAGUGGAUGAGCUGAUUGAUGUCAUUGAAGGCAACCGGAUAUACAUUCCCUGCAUCUACGUGCUGAACAAAAUUGAUUCGAUCUCUAUUGAGGAACUCGACUUGCUUUACAAGAUUCCCAAGUCUGUCCCGAUCUCUUCACGAAUGUGGCUCAACGUUGACGAGUUGGUGGACAAGAUGUGGGACGAGUUGGACUUGGUUCGUAUCUACACCAAGCCACGCAAGAGCCCGCCAGACUACACGGCGCCGGUCGUUUUGCGUCGAGGCAAGUGCACGGUGGAAGACUUUUGCAAUGCUAUCCACCGCGAGAUUUUCAAGCAGUUCAAGUAUGCCGUCGUGUGGGGCACCUCCGCGAAGCAUCCGCGUGGCCAGCGUGUUGGUGGCGACCAUGUGCUCGAGGACGAAGACUGUGUGACGAUCUUCAAGCGCUAA